AUGUCUGCUAUGCACAACCUGGCGAAGCAAGUCUUCAUCCAAUUCAUAUUCGACAACAAGCAAAUAGAUUGGAUGCGUGAGGCUAAGCGGCUCAUGCAGCCUAUUGGUACUUACGCAAACGACGAGCGAGUCCUCGUGGAAGCGCUCGCGACCGCACGCUACAGCGGGAAGUCCGUUGAGUCCGCGCUCUAUGACCUCCACUCUGUCAACUCGCACGCGGAGGAUGUCUGGAGGGACUACUACGUCCUGCACCAGCACCGUCUCGAUGGGCUUGUCGACGCCUACUUGGCUGCGGAAUCUUCAUCCGCCUCAUCCUCAUCCAGGUCCUUCUCAGACGCAGAGGACAAAGACUCGCUCCGAAGCCGAUUUCCGUCGGCAGCUCCCGAAGAACUCGCGAACAGCACAACGCCUUCUCGCGCCACAAGUCCAGCUCGCCUGCCUUCUCCCGAUGUCACACUCGAACAGUACAUGGAUAACUUGCAUGUACUGUUGCAGGAGGAUCAUCCAUCUUCUACCGAGGGACCCGAAGCCAUAGCGGAACCCGACGGGCCCUGUGUUGAUCCCAGUGUGUUAGCGUAUUCGGAAGACAGCUCUGCGGAAGGGCUUCCCGAAGCAAUGAAUAUAGACGAGGGUAUCGUUAACUUUAACGAAGCUGUCACCCAAUGUCUGACACCUCACACCGGCACUCCGUCGUUGCUGGCGCCUUCGCCGGAGUCACCGGAUUCUGUCCGUUAUGGGACACCGUCGCCUUCUUCGUCGUCGUCCGCAACAGAAUCGCCGCCACCAGAGACGCCAUCUCCAUCUAGUUCCUCCUCUGCUGGGAGCCCUCGGCGCGGUCUGCGCCUGCGCAAAUCCAAGAUGCGCGAGGACGCGGCGAUAACGCGUGGGACCGCCCUGAGCCCAUCGUCGACGGCUUCGACUUCCAGCCCUAGCUCAGUGCGAUUGCGGGAGCUGGAAACUUCACCUGCUCGCGGAAGGUUUGUGUACGCCAUGAGCGAGGAGAUGGGUCGCGCUGGGUGCAAAGCGACCCUCGGCGAUAUCAAAGCGUGCGCACGGUAUCUCGUCGAGCAUCCCGACGUUGCAUCCAUGAAAUGCGACCGACGUGGAAAGGAGUUCGGCAACCAUUACAAGCAGCGCACAGCAAAGGCAUGGUCGCACAUCUUCACACGGUUCGACACGGUCAUCGAGGAUUUCGCUGAGGCAUAUCGCCUAUCCUCUCCCUCCUCUUGA